AUGGUCGACAGAGAGGAAAAGCCAGUGGUCAAAGUCCAGCAUAUCGAUAACAGUCAACCCGAAUGGAACCUUCAAAACGUACUGCCCAAGACCGGCAAGCCAUGGUACAAGGAGCGUCAUUUCCUCCUUCUGAACCUGGGCAUGAUCAUACCAUAUCUGUCAUCAACCACCAACGGCUAUGAUGGAUCGAUGCUCAACGGUCUGCAGUCUAUGAGCCAAUGGCAGCACUUCUUCAACUCUCCGGCAGGCACUCGACUAGGCUCCCUGUCAAACGGGGUAAUCUUUGGCCAGAUCCUGGCCUUUCCCAUUGCCCCGUGGCUAUGUGACCAUACUGGUCGGCGCUUUCCUAUCUUCAUUGGAUCGCUUCUUCUAGUCAUUGGCGCCAUUCUUCAGUGCGCUGCGCAGGACUACGCCAUGUUUUUGAUUUCCCGUAUGAUCAUCGGUUUCGGUGGCUUAAUUGCAGUUGAAGCGUCGCCGAUGUUGGUCAGCGAGCUUGCAUAUCCGACUCAUCGCUCUGUGCUGGUGGGCUACUACAAUAACUUGUGGUACUUGGGUGCAACGCUGGCCGCAUGGGUUACGUAUGGAACUUAUUUCAUGGGUUCAGAUUCGUCAUGGGCUUGGCGCAUCCCCUCCCUACUACAAGGGUUCUUUCCCUUGGUUCAGGUGUUCUUCGUGUAUCUGCUUCCAGAAUCCCCACGGUAUCUGGUGCAAAAGGAUCGCUUUGAAGAUGCGCGCAAAGUGUUGGUAAAAUACCAUGCCGGUGGAGAUGAGGGAUCAGCUUUGGUAGAUUUUGAGAUGAAGGAAAUCAUUUUGCAGAUCCAAACUUCCAAAUCUGCUUCCAAGUCCGGCUAUCGCGAGUUUCUCAGCACGCGCGGCAAUCUGCAUCGUCUUUUCAUUAUCAUCGCAGUACCUUGCAUGAUGCAGCUGUCCGGUAACGGCCUGAUCGCUUAUUAUCUGCAUCUCAUCCUGAACUCAAUUGGCUUCACCUCGGAUCCACAGCAAUUACGCAUCAAUGGCGGCUUGACGGUGUUUAAUCUCGGAGUCUCUAUUGCACUAGCCUCACUGAUGGAAGUGGCCGGUCGCCGAAGAUUGUUUCUUUUCUCGACAGUGGGGAUGUUAGCCUGUUACGUGAUCUGGACGAUUCUCUCAGCCAUCAACCAGGAACGGGACUUCAAUGAUAGUUCCCUUGGAACUGGAGUUAUUGUCAUGAUCUUCUUCUAUCAAUUUUUCUACAAUGCGGGUCUCAACGGGCCGCCUUGGGUCUACGUUACCGAAGUCCUUCCUACCCAUCUUCGGGCUAAGGGCACGAACAUUAUGCAGAUCGCAGCCACGUGUGUUCUGAUCUUCAAUGGGUAUGCUAAUCCCGUUGCGAUGGAUGCGAUCAGUUGGAAAUAUUACAUUGUUUACUGUUGUGUUAUUGCCGUUGAAAUUGCCCUUGUGUAUUUCGGGUUCCCGGAGACCAAAGGUCAUAGUUUGGAAGAAGUUGCGUUGAUCUUCGAUGGAGAGGAAGCCUUUGGCACUGAGACCAAAGGUAACCAAACAGAGGAGGCCUGA